AAUUUUGUUUUUCUCGCUUCAUGAUUUCUUCUUCUACAAACACUCGGUUAGUUUGAAGUCAGUUCUGAAAAUAAGAAAAUUCAGAAUCACCAAAUAAAUCGAUGGAGCUUUUUGCUUUAUCUUCUCCUCGUAUAACCAGUACAUUACCAUCAUCAUCAAGAAAGUUGUUAACGGGUAAAAGUUCAUUCAUUUCCUCUCUUAACAACAAUUUGAAGAAACACCCAGAUUCCAGAAAUUUCAAAUUUGAUGAUGCCAGAGCUCAAUUAUCAGUGAAAGGAAGUAGGAAAUGCAAUGUUGGGAUUGUAAAGGCAGUUGUUAAACAGGAAAUUCAAUCAAAUGAUGAUGUUGUUUUUGUUGCUGGUGCUACUGGUAAAGUUGGUUCAAGAACUGUAAGGGAGCUAUUAAAGCUAGGAUUUCAAGUAAGAGCAGGUGUGAGAAGUGCCCAGAAAGCAGAUAAACUUGUUAAGAGUGUUCAAGAAAUGAAGCUUGAUGAAGGUGUUGCAGCCGUAGAAAAGCUUAUAAUUGUGGAAUGUGAUUUGGAGAAAGAUGGGAUUAAAGAGGCAAUAGGAAAUGCAUCUGUUGUAAUUUGUUGUAUUGGUGCCAGUGAAAAAGAGGUUUUCGAUGUUACUGGACCAUGUCGCAUUGACUAUAGAGCUACGAAAAGCCUCAUUGAUGCAGCAACAUCUGCACGAGUUGAUCACUUUAUCUUGGUUACCUCUUUGGGGACAAACAAGAUUGGAUUUCCAGCAGCUAUUCUGAAUUUGUUUUGGGGAGUCCUUAUAUGGAAAAGGAAAGCAGAAGAAGCACUUAUAGCAAGUGGACUUCCGUACACUAUAGUGAGGCCAGGAGGAAUGGAAAGACCUACUGAUGCAUACAAGAAAACUCAUAAUAUUACCCUUGCAGAGGGAGAUACUUUAUUUGGUGGUCAAGUAUCUAAUCUUCAGGUUGCAGAACUAAUGGCAUUCAUGGCCAAGAACAGAAGCUUAUCUUACUGUAAAGUGGUGGAAGUAGUUGCGGAGACAACUGCUCCAUUGACUCCCUUGGGAGAUCUUCUUGCUAAAUUACCAUCUGAUAGAGUGGAUACUUCUGCGAAUAAGGAAAAAUUGCAAGAUACACGUCUGCCAGAUCCAGUGCCUUCUCAGAUUAUUGCCCCUGAAGCAAGCAUUGCUGUCGUUGAGAAGGAACCCACCCAAAAGAAAAUGCAGAUAUCAAGGCCUCUCUCUCCUUAUUUCAAAUACGAAAAUUUGAAACCUCCAACAUCUCCUACGCCAACACCUCCACCAUCUUCCAAACCAACCCCCAGCACCACACUUGGUUCAACUAAAGUAGCAGAAGUAGAUACUUUGGAGGCAACAUUGGAAGUAGAUGAUUUGAAAUCACCAACGUCUCCUACUCCUACUUCACCUGGUGAUGUUACGGUUCAAGUAAAUGCCGCUCAAGUGGAAACAGGUACUACCUCUGCAGCCGCCGAAGUUAGUGCUGAAGUGCCAAAAACAAGGCCUCUCUCUCCUUACGCUGUAUAUGAAGAUUUGAAACCACCCACGUCUCCAAGCCCAUUUCAGGCAACUGCUAAUGGAAGAGUUACCAGUGCUACUCUUCCAGUGGAGGCUGCACCACCCUCUACUGAAACAAGUUCUACGGUGGAGACAACACCUGCAGAGGUCACUGAAACAGAAGUCUCACCAAUUAAGACCAAGGAAACAAGUCAUCUUUCACCUUAUUAUGCAUACGAUGACUUGAAACCUCCGACUUCACCAUCUCCAAGUGCACCAGUAUCAUUGUCUUCACAACCCAAAAUGUCCGACGUGCCAGACACCAGCGCAGCUGAAAAUCCAAAAUUGGACGAACCAGUGGUGGAAACAAGUACCAAUGAAACAAAACCAAGACCUCUUUCGCCUUUCACUAUGUAUGAGGAUUUAAAGCCUCCAACUUCCCCGACAAUCGUAUUCAAAUGAGCAUCAUCUUACACACGAACAAUGAAUAAACGGGUUUAUGAGGUAUAUCAUUUGUGUCGGGACUCGGGAGAAAGAAGCAAGCACUUCGAAGCAGUGGAGUGCGUCUAUACGAGUUUUUUUCUUUAGAGUAUUUCGUAUUGUAUCCAUUUGGUUGUUUCAUUUCUGUUUUUCUUAUUAUUCAAACAUUGUUGUCACAUUGGAGCUUUACGGCGAAAUUUGAUUUAUUGGCUGAAAUCACUUUAUGUUGGUUGAA